AAUAAUACUGCAGGUGGGCGGGGCUAUACAUCCGGGUACUGCCGCUGACCCUUGACGUGACCCUGCAGGAUUGCAAACAUGGCGGAGCCCUCCCUCGGGAACUCGAGCCCAGGAGGUUCAGCAGGUUCCGUUGACCAUGAUUUCGACCCAUCAGCAGAUAUGCUUGUCCAUGACUUUGACGAUGAACGCACCCUGGAGGAAGAGGAAAGGUUGGAGGCAUCAGACGAGACCAACGCUAAUGAGAUUGAAGAUCUUGCACGGGAGGGAGAGAUGCCCAUUCACGAGCUGCUGAAUCUGUACGGUUAUGGGGGCAGUUCACCAGCAGAUGAGGAUGAAGAGGAGGAUGAAGAACCAGAGGAAGAAGAGGACGAUGAGGAAGAGGAUGAUGAGGAGGACUUGGAUAAUGAUGAAAGUAGCAGAAGUACCAGCGAGUUAAAAAGAAAUGAGGGUGAGGGUCCAAAGAUCUCAUCAGGACAGGGGGAUGAGGCCCAGGUAUCGCCUGAGGUCCGCACACGCUCAGUGAGGUCCCUCGGCACAGCAGAACUUAUUCGUCCACAGAAACUCAAAUACUUUGAAAGUAACAAUGAUGCAGAGGAGGAGUCGGAUGAAGAUGAGGACUAUGUUCCAUCUGAAGACUGGAAAAAGGAGAUCAUGGUGGGCUCCAUGUAUCAGGCAGAAACUCCAGUUGGCCUGUGUAAAUACAAAGACAAUGAGAAAGUUUAUGAAAACGAUGACCAGCUGUUGUGGAACCCUGAGUGUCUCUCUGAAGACAAAGUGGUGGAGUUUUUGACAGAGGCAUCGAGGCGGACAGGAGAGGAGAAGGGAGUGGAGGCAAUCCCAGAAGGAUCCCAUAUCAAAGACAAUGAACAGGCUUUGUAUGAACUGGUGAAAUGUGACUUUGACACAGAAGAAGCUUUAAGAAGACUGAGGUUUAAUGUAAAAGCAGCCAGAGAGGAGCUCUCUGUCUGGACCGAAGAGGAAUGUAGAAAUUUUGAACAAGGACUAAAAGCUUAUGGGAAAGACUUUCAUUUAAUACAGGCCAACAAGGUGAGAACUAGGUCUGUAGGAGAAUGUGUGGCCUUUUAUUACAUGUGGAAGAAGUCUGAGCGUUAUGAUUUCUUUGCACAGCAAACCAGACUUGGGAAAAGGAAAUACAACCUUCACCCCGGUGUCACGGAUUACAUGGACAGAUUACUAGAUGAGACAGAGAGUGCUACAUCCAGUAGGGCAGCUUCACCUCCACCCACCACCUCCAGCAGCAGCACCAGCCACUCAGAGAAGGAAGACAGCAGCAGUCAGAACGGUAUUGCCAGCCACAACUCCAGCCACCCGAUCGAAGAUCCUCAGUUACUCCCAGCAAAUCCAGUCAAACCUGAGCCCACUCAGACCAACGGUCCCUCCCAUCUCACGGUUGAAGCUCCGCCUCCCAUUUCAGACAACAACUCCAAUGGUUGCAGUCAACCCAGUGCGCCCAAUCACGACCGAAACGGAUCUCUGGAGCCCGAACUGGACCACAGAGACACGGAAACACAAGAGAGGCCGGCCAAGAGAUGCAGGACGGAGGCGGAGCAGCUGGGCCAGAGUGACGUAGAACCAUCCAGAACACAGGAGAAUUGAAGGACCCGGAGGUCCAGAGCUCGAGAUGUAUACUAAAAAACACUGAACUGGGGUGAAAGAAUCGUCCAAACUUUGUCACAGUAGAGAUAAGAGGAUGAUGAAGAUGAGCCCCCUGUUGGCUCGUGAGCACAUUUUCUCCUGAUAGAAAAGACUCCCUCAUAAGGUCAAAGGUCACUGAGAGUCACACCUUGAAGAACACAGCCAGCCAAACUGCAGCUGGUCCUCCAGGAGGUGCAGCAGCCUCCCUCAUCUCUCCAACCCACAUCCAUGUACUGACUGCCUGCUAAGCUCAUCCCAAAGCACCACAGCACCAUCACAUCCUCCAUAAAGACAAAAAAAACAUCUCCUCCAUCAUCGUCUCUGUUCCCUCUCUGGAGACUUGACUGACAACAUUUUGCCAAGAAUAUCCUUUUUUUCUAUUUGUACUCAAAGAAAAGAAAUCACCCAUGAUAUUUUUUUACACGAGAGAUAUUUAUAUUUUUUAGCAAAAGAAAACUAUGAUGGGUAGCUGCAGUUCAAGCUAUUUGAACAUUUGAUGAAACAGGCGACACGUUGAAAAGGAUUAUAUGUUUAAGUUUGUCAAAAAGAGGCAAAGUAGGCAAACGAGUCCGGCUGUUGUGUAGCUGGUCAUCUUUAGUUGCACUUUGAUUGUAUUUUCUCUUUGUUAUCAAUAAGGAGUGGCGUGGAAACCCAGCAGAAAUACAUUUUCACUCCUUCACUUCUGAACCUGCUCCGACAUCUGUGUAUCAUGGCUGUUUGUUGGAUUCUUAUAAAUGAACCCAUGGGUGGCUCCCCCUGCAGGUUUGUUUGUGUAAAGCAGCUGACAUCAGUGAUGUCCUGUAUUAUAACUCAUCAUCUUAGAAGAUGGCUGUAUUUUUGGAUUUCCAUGGUCAGUGCUUUGCUCGACGCUUUGUUUUUACUAGACAGAAUGUCCGUGAUUUUUAAUGUAAAGUUUGUAUAGAUUUCUUACCUUGAGCAGUUGGUACAUUUUUUAUAACUGUUAACUGUCAGUUCAUCUCUGUAUUUUCUGGUCUUCCUUGUAGCCUGCACUUUUUUGUUGACAAAUCUUUUGCUCUGAGAUGGAUGUAAUAAAAAAAUAGCCAUUCCUCCUUUCCCUCUCUGCCCAGCAGCACUUCCCAUUCCUGUGUGACCUCGCUCGAUCUGACAUGUUUGUUGCAGAUAGCCUCGUCUUUUGUCUGCAGUCGAGUGUGCAGCUUGCCUUUGGUGAAAAAACCUCUUUAAGUGCUUAGUUUUCACCAAUAUUUACUGUCCCUUCCUGCGGUCAGUGGCUUCAGAGCAGUUAAACAGUCCAGGUUGAGGGGUGCCAGACCUUCAGUUGUUUUUGGUACAGUAGCUGUUCAGCUUAACGCUUCUGUGUUUUACUUUCAUUCACACAUUAAGAUAAGUUUGUCUCAGAUAAUGUUGAUCCAUGUAGUCCUUUCUUUCUCUUUUGUUGACAAUGAUGUCUUGUUAAUUUUUUUCUUUGUAAAUGAUGACAUGAAUAAAAGUGAAGUGUAUUCCAAAACUGGU